AUGGAAGAGCGUAUUUUGAAAAACACUCCCCGGGUGGGUCUUGGUGGUCCGGUGGACACCAGGGAAUCCCACACCUCUUCGGAGGUCUGUCGGGCGUAUACGGGGCCGGCACAAAAUGCGUUGGAGGGUGUGGAGGCCGCUGCGGCGGCGAGUGGAGGUGGUGGCGCAUCUUCGCGCGAUGGUCCGAAACCGGCGCUCCUAACCGCGCCGGUGGCGAACAUACUAACGACGAACGACAACUCCAGGCACACGGCCCGAUCGCCGGUGGUGCAGUUGGAGCGAUUACUUGGUUUGGAAGGCGGAUCGCGGGUGACGACACCCGUGUCCGAUAUCGAUUUGGCUUUGUCGACAGCAAGUGAAGGAGAAAGUGGAUCACGGGUAUUAACGCCUGUAUCCACUGGUACAGUUCGCUCAGGUUUGUUUUUCAAGCCUGGGAUUGGAAGUGACGAGAGCGACAGUGAGUCUGCUGUCUCCCAAAACAAGGAUGAUGACAUGCACAAGACUAAAGACCGCUUCCGACGCAAGAGGCGUGGUAGCGAGUUGGAGGAUAGCCCGGAGAAGAAUAGGGGAGCAGCGAGGAAGCCCUCCUCCAAACGAGGUAGAGGGAGACCUCCCACCACAGGGAUGUACGUCGGUUUGGCCAAGGCCAAAAAAGACUUUAACGACGAGGAGAUGAGAGCUAUGCAGCUCGAGGCCGAGAAAGAGAUUUUUGAGUCAGGCAGGAGAAUACCGCAGUUCCGGGCAGGCCGGCUGUCGGGCAACUCCUCAAACUCGGACGCGACUGCUGUAGAGGCGCGGGAAGUUACGGCGGCUUCUGUGGGCGUCGUAAUUACCGAAUGUCUGGGGGCCAUUAACAGUGUGGCCGUGAAGUCGAAAAAUCUGAAGGGGACUUCUGUCGCUACUCUUAAAAAAGCGACCCAGGCACUAAGUGAGGCCUUCUCGGCCAUAAUGAAUCGGUCAGUCUCGGAUGAGACGAGAGCCCUUGAGGCGGCGAACGCACGUCUCUCAAGGGAAAUCAACGAGAUGAAAGCGGAGUUGGAAGCCGUCAAGCGCAAGCUCGCCGAUGCCCAACCACAACCCACUCCUGUCUCUAUCGGAAGGGAGUUGGAUGUGGAAGAGCUCCUACAGCGGGCAGUGCGCGAGGCGGUCUCGCUGACGAACGCCCGGAUGGACGCGCGGCUGGAGGGUCUCGAGGCCCGGCUUUUGCCGGAGCCACGCCUAAGACCUCCUCUGGCCGCAGAUAAGAAAAACGACGAAGCCCAAGGCGCAGCGGUAGCAGCGUCGAAGGCCAAGGAGAGGACUCCGGAGCCGGAGCAUGCGGUGUCAACUCUGAUGCCUCCGUUGAAUCCUGGUCCGGCUCUGAAAAAGAAAAAGAAAGUUAAUAAAAAGUCGGCCGCAGCCGUAGAAGCGGCGGCCGCCAGACGCGACACUGCCCCAUCUACGGCUGCGAAAGGACCAAAUCCGACCGAGCAAUGGUCGGAAGUAGUCAAAAGGGGAGGGAAGAUUCAGAAGAAGGGCGAAGGAAAGAAGGAAGGGCCUAAACAGAAAGGACAGGCUAAGAAAAAGAGAAAGAGAAAAAGUCUCCGCGCUCCUAAAACUGCGGCAGUAGUUAUCACACUGCAGGAGGGUGCGGAGAAGAGGGGCGUCACGUACAAAGACGUGAUGGACAAGGCCAAGGGGAGUCUCGAUAUUGUCACCCUCGAGAUCCCCGCGGUCAAGUUUAAGCGGGCCGUGACCGGGGCCCGUAUGUACGAGGUCUCGGGAUCGUCCUGCAAGGAGAAGGCGGAUACUCUGGCAAGUAAGCUGAGAGAGGUUUUAGGAGAGGAAGACGUCCGGAUAUCUCGGCCACAAAAGUGUGCCGAGCUUCGAAUAUCGGGAAUGGACGACUCCGCCACUGCGUCGGAGGUUGCCGCAGCCAUCGCAAGAGCUGGUUGCUGCGCGGCUGAGGACAUAAAGGUGGGAGAAAUAAGAGUGGAUCGUAGUGGCUGCGGCACGGCCUGGGUAAAGUGCCCGGUCGAGGCCGCAAAGGUAGUGACAGCGCCUGGUGCCAAACUGUACGUCGGGUGGACCAUGGUGCGCGUGACGCUUCUGUCGGCACGCGUCAUGCGAUGCUACCGUUGCCACGAAGUCGGUCAUACGCGGGCGACUUGCCCCUCUGAUACAGACCGAGGAGAUUUGUGUUUCCGCUGUGGGCAGCCUGGUCACACAAUCAAGACCUGCGGAAACCCACCCCACUGCGCGCUGUGCGCGGCGAACGGGAGGAAGGCGGACCACGUCGUAGGGAGCACACCCUGCAAGAUACCGCGGAAGAAGGGAAAGGGCUCCAAUAAGAGCCAAUCGCCCAAGGCUGCUACUCCAACUACAGUAGCCUCUGGAGCGGGAGUGGCCCCCAUGGAAGCCCAAUAA